UCAUACUCAUUGCAGUGCCAAUAAUAUCUCAAACAUCCAAAAACACAAUUUAGAGAGAGAGAAACAUUAAUAAAUUUAUAAUGGCAAGCAAGCAAAAGGAAUUGUACUUCGUGUUCAUGAAUUUUGAUCCUGAGUAUGAGCGUCUUCGAGCUGAUAGGACAAAAAGAGGAGCCUACGAAUUAGAUGUGUAUUUAAGUUGGAAACAUGAUGAACUUCUUGCUCGAACGCUCCAACCUGGUUCAUACAACAAAACGUUGUCUCUGGUUAUUGUUGAUGGUUUUGCGGUUGAAAUCACUGAUGAUCAGGCAAAAUUGCUGAGAUCUGCCACAGGAGUGCGGGUAGUGGAGAAGAAUCAAGAGUUGGCUUAAUCACUCAUUUGUUCUGCCUUGUGAAAUUUUAUCAUCAAUAUAAUUAAUUAGCAUAUAAACCAAUAUUAUUAUUGAGGCCUAAGUAUUAAGAAGUAGGUUUAAUUUGUGAUUACUAUUGUGUAAUUUUGUGUUAUUUUCAUUCCAAAGGGCCUAUUCGUAAGGUAUUAUAUGUCUUAAGUAGGGUAUAUAAAUACAUUACAUAUUUAUGUUGUGGCAUUAUUAUAAAUUACAAUGGCACUUAUGUAAUUUUUUUAA